AUGUCUGAAAUCCAGAAAGCAACCGUCUCCUCUGUACCGACCAAUCACCCUCUUGGUGACCACAUGCAAACCCCGAGUCAUGGAUCACCUCCUGCUGAGGCAUACACGAUUGGCUGGAUCUGUGCAUUGCAGGAAGAGUAUCAGGCUGCAUGUCGAAUGCUGGAUAAAGAGUUCGUUGGUCCUGAUGAGCUUGGUGCCAACGACAAUACGAUAUACGUCUUUGGUAGGAUCGGUGGACACAAUGUAGUGAUUGGAUGCCUGCCGACUGGUUGUAUAGGCAACAGCAAUGCUGCCGGUGUCGCCAACGACAUGGUCCGAUCAUUUCCCAGCCUGAAGUGUGCUUUGCUGGUAGGCAUUGGAGGAGCGGCUCCGACGAAGAAGAGAGAUAUCCGCCUCGGUGACGUGGUGGUGGGCGUGCCUGAUGGGCAGCAGCCUGGGGUAGUGCAGUACGACUUCGGGAAAAGGUUACCGAACGGUAAUUUCGAACGAACCGGCCAUUUGAACGCUCCUCCGAGUGUUUUGCUGGGUGUCAUUCAAGAAGUGAGACGGCCCUAUGACGACCCCCGAAAGCCCGAUAGAAUAUCCGAGCACAUGAAGCGGAUGGACGACAUGCCAGACUAUCAAUGUCCGGGACAGGAUCGGUUGUAUCGUGCCGACUACGAACAUAGAGGCCCGCUUAACGAUGAGGAGAGCGAUCAGGAGGAGGAAGAAAGCUGCAAGAAUUGUGGUAGUGAUGGAUUGGUCCAGCGCCCAGCACGCAAAAGUCUCCGUAACGUCACGGUCCAUUACGGAACCAUCGCGUCUGGAAACGCUGUCGUCAGGGAUGCGAAGAUGAGGGAUCGAUACGCCAAAGACCGGGAACUUCGUGUUCUGUGUUUUGAAAUGGAGGCUGCUGGUCUGGUGAAUAAGCUUCCCUGCCUAGUGAUACGGGGAAUAUGUGAUUACUCGGACUCUCACAAGAAUGAUGAUUGGCAUAAAUAUGCUGCUCUUGCAGCUACAGCCUACGCGAGAGAGCUGCUGAACCGUCCUCAAACCGCAAAGGGUGUUUUUCAUGCCGUCAUGGGCGAAACAGUGCUGGAACCCUGUGACUUCGAAUCAAUCAAUAACGAAUACCGACUGAAAUUCACCCCGGGCACAUGUCAAUGGAUUGAGCAAGAGCGUGAGUUUCAGGAAUGGGGAGCGGAGAAGAAUUUACUGUGGAUUUUCGGGUCGGGCAAAAGUUUCACUGCACAUUACAUUCGCGAACACUUGAAACGUAAAAAUGACUUCUUGAUGCAUUUCUUUUUUGACUCGAAGAGCGCGGAGGUAAAGGGGCUAUGGUCCCUUAGGGUGUUCUAUCAGACCAUUCUUCACCAAUUGCUCCUCCAAUUGAUCGACAGGAAUCGAGACACCAGUGAGAAGCUCAAAGCUGAAUGCCUUGAGAUUGUACGGUAUGAAGAGACGCGCCUGGGGGAUUUGAAGGGUGCGAGGUCUAAAGUUGCCAUGCGGCAAAUCCUGGCUAAGGUUGGACCGACAUUCCUUGUCGUCGAUGCUCUUGAUGAAUGCCCAGACAGCGAUCCUGAUGUAUUACGAGACUGGUUGGGAGAGCUAAACGGGCUCCCACACCUCAGGACUGUCAUAACAAGUCGUCCUGAACAGAGGAUCAGAGACGCGGCCGAAAUUGGACUCCAUAUCAAUCUUGAGCUCAACUCUCUUGUUCACAAAUCGAAUGAGGACAUCAGACUGUUCAUUCGAACUCGACUUCAAAACUCCAAAGACCUGCAAGGUUCCGGGUCCGCUUGGGAGAAAGUGAAGGCACGGAUAGAGGAGGAACUGAUGGCGAAAUCUAAUGGAAUGAUACUCUAUGCAAGGUUGAUGCUCGAUAUUCUUGAAAACAAAGCUGCCGACGAUGUGGACAUAGUCAGAGAGCUAGACUUCUUGCCCACAAAGCCUGGAAAGGUAUAUGAAGUCGUGUUGAAUAAGAUCGACGAUAGGAAAUUUGCUCAGAGGAUCUUCCAAUGGUUGGUUACGUGCAGGCGACCACUGACAGUCGAUGGACUUUGGGAAGUUCACACGCUUCGUAAUGCAAUUCAGCGGAAGCAAAGUUUCGAGUUGCAACCUCGCGAUAUUCAACCUGGAACGGACCGGUCUCGCUUCCGACGAUUUCUGCUCAAAGGGGGCCUCCCAUUGAUAGAGAUUCUCCAGGAUGACACCGUGCGUCUCGUUCACACCACAGUUACACAGUUUUUAUUAGGCCAACACUCUGAAGACGACUCGAGUGUAGAGUGCCCCCUCCCCUUCCGUGUUCAACUCGUUGAAAGCCAUGCGGAAGUCGCGCUGACGUGCCUGACGUACCUUCGUGUCUCUUUGGGACGCAAUGACGACAGGGACUCUGAAUCUUUGAGCAGCGAUGAUUUGUACGAUUAUGCGGUGCGAGAGUGGCCGGCGCACACUGCGGAAUCUGAGGAACAGAUCAUGCGCAAGGAGAAGGAGAGAAAGGUCAUCAUCUCGUUCUGCGAGGAGCAGGCAUUCCAGCUCUGGCUCGAGGCUCGUGCGAGCGUGGACAGCCGUUUUGGGGUCCAGUUCUCGCUUGAGAGUGCAGUGGUCUGCUAUCCUACCCCUUUACACAUUGCGGUCCACUUCAAUUUGUGGCAUGUCGGGCUCCGGUUUUUGAUCGCCAUUAAUGCGCGUGACGCAGCAGGCUGCACUCCACUGCACAUUGCAGCCGGACAGGACAGCCCACGCAUUGUCCAAGAGUUGUUGAGCAAAGGAGCCCGCACGGAUAUACCUGAUACGCAUGGCUCAUAUCCAAUCCACAAAGCAGUGCAACGAGGCCGCACUGCUGCUCUCAGAGAACUCCUCGGCCGCGGUCAAGGCGACAUUGAUGUUCAAGACAAGUAUGGGUUCACGCCACUGCACAUUGCCUGCCAGCUUGGAUGGAUAGGAUGUGUCGAGGUUCUGCUAGAACACCAUGCCACAAUCCAGAUUGAGACUAACGCAAUCGAGACACUUCUCGGACUUGCAAUUGCAAAUGGGCACUCUGAUGUCGUUCAGGCUCUGUUGUCCCGAGACCGGUCUUUAAUCGCACAUUGUGGCAAGCCAUUGGUACAGGCCGCUCGUAGAAGGAGGAAUGAGAUGGUGAAGUUUCUCUGCGAAGCUGGAGCCGACAUGUCUCACUCAGACUUCCUCGGCCAGACCGCCUUACACAGAGCCUGCAUUUCUGGAAACAAGGAUCUGGUUGGAUACUUGCUCAACAACCCCAAAGUCGACGUCGAUCCAAUUGAUAGAUCACAGAGAACACCGCCCUAUUUUGCGGCCGAGAAAGGAUAUCUUGACAUCGUGGAGCUGCUCAUUGCUCAUCGUGCGAAUUUAAAUAGCCUAGAUCGGCGGUGGGAGACAGCCUUAUUCAAACCUGCAGGUAAUGGGCAUACUAAAGUGGUGCAAAUGUUACUCGCUGCUGGCAUAGAUGCCAUGAAACUGGACAUGUGGAAACGCACUCCCAUGCGCUUCGCGGCUAUGAAGGGUCGUCGUCCGGAUGUUGCUUGA